CAGGGGCGGACUGACAACUCAUGGGACCCCCGGGCAACAGGGGAUCACGGGGCCCCUGUGCCCUUGCCCACACUCAAACCACACCCAAAAAAGUCUAUGAAAGGUGCCAGGGACAUCUCAUGGGGCCCUAUACUGACCCCGGGCCCUUGGGCAGUGCCCGAGUUCCCCAAUGGUCAGUCCGCCCCUGGUUUACAGUUGCGAUUUCCAGUGCGGGUCCGCAUUUCUCUGUGAGGAUGGUGUGGCUGCACAGAUUUUUGUGCGGAUCCGCGGCGGCACCACCCGCACAUAUGUGAACCUAGCCUUAGACAUGAUUGCCCUUUGGGAGUAUC